AUGCCGGAUGAUGCGUACGAGUUUCUAGGCCCAGAUCUGGUGAGUUUCCACAUUCCCGUGCUCUCUAUCGUCUGUUCAGUUGGCUCCGCCCCCUCCGCCGACUGGCUCCACCACUCCGAACGGGACCCCGAUUCCGGACGUCGCCCAGCAGCCCGUCAACGAACUCGCGCCCGCUUCCACCGCCGAAAAGUUUGCGAUUGGUGCCGAGUGGUGUCCAGAACUUUUGCAUUUCAGGUUCCAAGUGCAACCGGCGGCUCCGGAGACGCGCAAAGGUUCGGCGAGCUAUUCGAAAGAGUCGGCGACGAAGAGAAAGGGCGCAAAUAAGAAGAAGGGCGUCUCGAAGGGCUCGAAGGCGGCGUUGCACGAGGAUCUUCCGUCGUUGUCGGCGUUCAAAUGCCAGAUGGUUUUCAGCGCGGUCGCCGUUUUCGCCUCCGUCGGUCUCACUCUGAUGGUGCUCAUCGACGGGCUCAUGUGA